GCUUCUCAAGUGAACUUGCGGCGAGCUGCCUGCAGCCCAGGUGCCUUUGGGCUGCCGCGUGCGUGCGCCCCACUGCAGCACGGAGCAGCCGCAGCCUCGGCCUCGGCCACCACCGCUGCCGGGGAAGAGUCCUGGGGUUGCUGACGCGGUUGGGAGGAGCCUCGCCUUUAAUGCACCAGCCGCCUCCAGCCUCCUGCAGCAGCGGCGGCGGCGGCGGCGGCGGCGGCGGCGGCAGUAGCAACAGCAGCAGCAGCAGCGGCGGCGGCGGCGGUACCAGCAGCAGCAGCAGCAGCAGCAACAGCAGCAGCAGCGACAGUCACAGCCGCCGCCGCCGCGAGUGCGCCCGUGUGGCAGUGAGGGCUCGGACCAUGGUGCAGUCCCACUGGCUCCCCUGCCCCCCUCUCCCGUGAGACUGGCUGCGGGGAGGGAUCAUGGAUACUAGUCUGCCGGCUUCUGGUUCCCACGCAAGUAAGCCUGCUGUCAAUGGAGGAGGACAUUGAUACCCGCAAAAUCAACAACAGUUUCCUGCGCGACCACAGCUAUGCGACCGAAGCUGACAUUAUCUCUACGGUAGAAUUCAACCACACGGGAGAAUUACUAGCGACCGGGGACAAGGGGGGUCGGGUUGUAAUAUUUCAACGAGAGCAGGAGAGUAAAAACCAGGUUCAUCGCAGGGGUGAAUACAAUGUUUACAGCACAUUCCAGAGCCAUGAACCCGAGUUCGAUUACCUGAAGAGCUUAGAAAUAGAGGAAAAAAUCAACAAAAUAAGAUGGCUCCCUCAGCAGAAUGCCGCCUACUUCCUGCUGUCUACUAACGACAAAACUGUGAAGCUGUGGAAAGUGAGUGAGCGUGACAAGAGGCCAGAAGGCUACAAUCUGAAAGAUGAGGAGGGCCGGCUGCGGGAUCCUGCCACCAUCACCAGCUUACGGGUCCCUGUCCUGAGACCCAUGGACCUGAUGGUGGAGGCCACCCCACGAAGAGUAUUUUCCAAUGCGCACACAUAUCAUAUCAACUCCAUAUCAGUCAACAGCGACUAUGAAACCUACAUGUCGGCUGAUGACCUGAGGAUUAACCUGUGGAACUUUGAAAUAACCAAUCAAAGUUUUAAUAUCGUGGACAUCAAGCCGGCCAACAUGGAGGAGCUCACCGAGGUGAUUACGGCCGCCGAGUUUCAUCCCCAUCACUGCAACACCUUCGUGUAUAGCAGCAGCAAAGGGACAAUCCGGCUGUGUGACAUGAGGGCAUCCGCCCUCUGUGACAGGCACACCAAAUUUUUUGAAGAGCCGGAAGAUCCAAGCAACAGGUCGUUUUUCUCUGAAAUUAUCUCUUCAAUUUCGGAUGUGAAGUUCAGCCACAGUGGGAGGUAUAUCAUGACCAGAGAUUAUUUAACUGUUAAAGUCUGGGAUCUCAACAUGGAAAACCGCCCCAUCGAGACUUACCAGGUUCACGACUACCUCCGCAGCAAGUUGUGUUCCCUCUACGAAAAUGACUGCAUUUUUGAUAAAUUUGAAUGUGUGUGGAAUGGGUCGGACAGCGUCAUCAUGACAGGGUCCUACAACAACUUCUUCAGGAUGUUUGACCGAAACACCAAGCGCGAUGUUACCCUUGAGGCCUCGAGGGAGAACAGCAAACCUCGAGCUAUCCUGAAGCCACGGAAAGUGUGUGUGGGGGGCAAGCGGAGAAAAGACGAGAUCAGCGUCGACAGUCUGGACUUUAGCAAAAAGAUCUUGCAUACAGCUUGGCACCCUUCAGAAAAUAUUAUAGCAGUGGCGGCUACAAAUAACCUAUAUAUAUUCCAGGACAAGGUUAACUAGGAGGGAAGGUUAUUCCUUAAUCAUCUCACAUACUGAAUACUAGUCGAACAUGGUUUUAAAUGUUUCUUUGGGUCUUUCUUUGACUCCUUGAUGUUGAUUUCCCUAUGCUGAAACGAUUGGAAUAGAAUUUAAAAGAGUCCAACUUCCCCAAGUCCCCGAUUCUCUAAGAACUUUUGGCAAGCCCAAUAGGUUCUGGAACAUUUCUGUUUAGAAUCACAAGCUGUUCGCUAAUGGUCAUUCUCCCCUAGUCGACUUGAAUUUCUGAUGCUUUUAUCACCCCGUUUUCUCUGGUGGGUCCAGUGUUUUGUUUCUAGGUGUCUGCUGCGAUUAAAUGAGGUUGUCUGUAGUAUUUAAAGAGAAAAGAGAUUACUUUUUUUUUUUAAUUAAGCAAUCCCAUUUGGUUGAGAGAAAAAAAAAUCAACGAAAAAUAAACACGUUUACUCUA